UGUGGAUUUUCUGUGAAUCCUUGAAUUUGGAGAAAUUGCGGUGGAUUGUCAUGGGUGAAUCUCAAGAUAAGGGCAAUGAGGAUGACCUAGCUAAUCGUCUCAAAGGAUUUUCUUUGUCGGCAGCUGAGGCCUUAGUCACAGACAUCGAGCAAGUUGAUAUCCGGCGAAGUGCAGAAGAAUGCCAACGUAGUCUGUUCGGAAAGGUGAUAGGUGACCGCCGUGCCAGCUGGAUUGGUAUAAAGAGGACGAUGAAUAAUAUAUGGAAGCUGCAAAAACCAAUGGACAUUAAGGAGCUGGAACCUAAUUAUUUUCAGUUCAUCUUCCAAAAUAGGGAAGAUUUGGAAAAAGUUGUAAGCGGUACCAACUGGAUUUAUGACAACCAAUAUUUGAUUCUCCGUGAAUGGGAGCAAGGGCUAAAUAGCUUGCAUAAGGGAUUCAAUGAGUUGCUGCUCUGGGCACAGGUAACAAACCUUCCCCUUGACUGGCUUAGUGCUGAAGUUGGGCUUAAAAUAGGGAAGGCAUUCCCGGAUGUCAAGAAUGUUCUAGUUCAAAACAUAAGCCCCCAUGGUGGUAAGAUGUUAAAGCUUCUGGUUUCUAUCAACCUCGGUGAACCACUACCAAGAUGCACCAAUAUUAGGCUGGGGGAUCAAAUUGCUACAAUGGGGUUUCAAUAUGAGAGGCUGGUAAGUCUUUGCUAUUACUGUGGAGUCAUUGGACAUCUGGACAAAAGCUGCAAGAAAAGGCUUGAAGACAUCAAAAAUCAAGCUCUGAAAGAGGGGCAAUAUGGAGAUUGGCUCAAGACUGAAGAUAUCAUACCAGGGACUUAUGCUAGUCCUUCAAGUUCUAGACAAUCUCCAUUUACUAGUCAAGCUCCUGCAACAGCCAAUUCAAAUAAUCCAUCAAGUUCAACUGGGCAAAUCCCAGAAAGCCCUAUUCCCAUAACAGCCAUGAAAAGUUUACAGGAGACAUGCCCACAAGAUACAGUAGACUCAUCCUCAAAGGUUCCUGAACUGCAUCCUUCAACUCAAUUGGUAUUAUCUGAUCUGGCCACUUCGAAUCAACAGCACUCCAUGGAGAUAGUGAACUCUGCUACUCCUAUCCAAGAAAAAGAUAAGCUAAUGGAGAUUGAACUCACCCUCCCUUCCAUUUCAAACAUAACUUCUCAGAAGAUUACUUCAAUGCAGAAAGGUAAUAUUGUGACUAGAAUGAGUUCCUGGAAAAGGUCUGCAACUAAGGAAGGGAGGCUGCAAAGACAAAUGAUACUAAGUCCCUCUCCUGAGCAAUCCUCAGGUUCAAAAAGAGACAGAGAUGAUCUUAACUCUCUGGAAUCUGUUAGUAGGAAGCUGGGAUUUACAGACAGACACUAUAUUGUGGAUCCUAGAGGGCAAAGUGGUGGACUUCUAUUACUCUGGCAUCAGGAUGUGAAUAUUAUCAAUGUGGUUUCUAAGGAUUUUUACAUUGCUGUUAACUACUCUCUGAAUCAUGAGGAUCAAGGCUGGGGUGUAUUUGUUUAUAUGAGUACUGAUAAAAGAACCAGGGAAGCUCAGUGGAUGAUUUUGGAAGAAGAUAGACACUCUUGGGGUGAAGUGUGGUUCUCUAUAGGAGAUUGGAACUCUAUCUGUGCCAAGGAGGAAAAAAAAGGGGGAAGACCCAGAAAAGAUAGAAGUUUUGAUGGCUUUAACAAAUUCAUCUCCAACAUGGAAAUGGAAGAGAUUGGUAUGGAAGGACACCAGUUUACAUGGGGGAACAACAGAGAUACUGAGGGAUAUGUUGAAGAGAAGCUAGACAGAGCAUUUGCUUCUUUUGAAUGGCUCAGUUCACACCCCAAUGCUAAAGUGCUUAAUGUGAUAAGAACAGCCUCAGAUCACUCUCUCCUUAUUCUUAAUGCUGGUUCUCAAGAAUCUAGAUGUAAGAGGAGAUUUGCCUUUGAUAGAAGAUGGAUUUCUAAAGAAGGAUUUGCUGAGGUAGUGCAGAAAGCCUGGUCCAUUCCUCAGUCUGGCACACCUUUUUUCAGACUCAAAGAAAAAGUCAAGCAGACAAGAAUUGCUCUUCUCAUAUGGAGCUCAAAAUUCAAAUCUCAAAACCAAGAAAAGAUUGCUGCUCUUUCAAAUAAACUUGAGGAAAUCAGAGAAGCUGGUAGAGCAGAUAACUGGGAGGAAUGGGAAUCAGUUUCAAAAGAACUUAAGGAUGCUUAUACCUAUGAGGAGAAAUUCUGGGCUCAGAAAGCAAGAGUACAGUGGCUAAAGGAGGGAGACUCUAACACUAAAUUCUUUCAUGCUUAUUCUAUGUCCAGAAGAAGGCAGAAUGCAAUCACAAGACUUAUCACUGAUGCUAACAGAGUCUGCUCUUCUAGAAGGGAUAUUGAAAAUCACAUUACCACUUACUAUUCUUCAUUGUUCUCUUCAGAAGGUUCUUGGGGGGGAGAUUCCAUGUUGCACCUCAUUCCUCAAUCAAUCUCAUCAUCUGCAUUUUUCAGUAAAAACACCUCUCUUACUGCUCAGAAUCAAGUGUGUGCUAUUAUGGCUGGUAUUCAACUGCAUUCAUCUACCAGAUAUCUGGGCCUUCCUCUGGGGAUUGGCAGAUCAAAAUCAGAAGUGUUCUCUUAUGUCUUAGACUCAGUAAAAGCUAAACUGUGGAGUUGGAAGAAUAAGAUGAUCUCAGUUGCUGGCAAGGAG